AACAUUGAUCAAAAAAUGAAAAAAUAGUCUGCUGAAACCCCCAAGCAAACGAACUAGAAAACGUCGCAUUCUUGAAGACAAACUAUAUUGUUUACAUUACUAUAUUGCUUCAUUCCAGUGGGAAAAUAAAAAUGUCGGAAACGGCUCAAGUUAGUUCAUUACCUUUGCCACCGAUGCAAUAUGUCAGUCUUUUUAAUGAAGAAAACGCUAAAAGAGGAAGAACACCGAGACCACCUCCUCCGAUCACAGACAAUUAUUCCAUGUUUGGCAAUCCAUAUAAUACUGAUGAUGCUGUGAUCCGACCUCUUGAAAGCCAGAAUAUACGACGUCUGUACCCUAAUAACUAUGACCACAGAAGAGAACUGAAAAAGCUCAAUCACUCCAUCACUGCUAGUUUCCUUGACUUGGUUGAUAUCUGCAUACGAAAUCCAGAGUCUGAAGCAAGAGCCACAAAAAUUGAUGACCUCACUUUGCUUUUCAUUCACAUGCAUCAUCUGGUCAAUGAAUUUCGUCCUCACCAAGCAAGGGAAACUCUCAGAGUUAUGCUUGAACAACAAAAACGUCAAAGAUUGGAAAUUGCAGAGCGUUUCAGAAGGCAUUUUGACAAAGCUUGGGAAUUGGUUCAGCAGGCUGUCAACACAAUUCCUGAACCAACUGAAGGCAACAUCAAGCUCCUUAUAGAUGUGGAACGGGUUCAACCUUCAGAAGGCAAUGCAAGCAACCAAACUUCUGGGAAUGGGUGUACUGAGGAGGAUCGUGUUCUGUGUCAAAUGAUUGAUUCUUUGUGAAUUCUGUGUUAUUUUAUGUUUAUUCAAAGUGGAAAAUACAUUCGAUCUACUCGCCUU